AUGUAUCGCACAGUCUCCCGUUUCCUGGCUGCUGUGGGCUUUGCGACCUUGGUGUCCUCACAACCAAGCGUCAACAGCAGGAAUGACCAUGGUGUCUCCGUCCAAUGGCUCGGUGAUGCGCCAAACCGGAACCUCGGUACCACGUUUGGUCUUCCCUGGCCUCGCGGAAAAUACGCAGCAAAUACCACCACCUUUUCAGGAACUGCUGCAAGCGGCGAGGAGGUUCAGAUGCAGUCAUGGGUUACGGCAUAUUGGCCGGAUGAUUCGAUCAAAUGGACCGGGCAUGCUGUUCCUGCAUCAGAGACUGUUCCUACGGGUUAUACCAUUAAGCCAUCAAAUGGUACCUCCAACUAUCAAACGCCCGUAUUUGGACGCAGGACAACAAGUCUAGUAGUCACCGAGUCUAGUGACGACAUUAUAGUCAAUACUGGGAAAAUCACUGCUACAUUCAAGAAGUCGGGUCCGGUUUUGGUCAGUUCUAUCGAAACUGCGAGUGGCAAGACGAUCGGUCGAAACGGCCUACUGGUUCUUCAGUCUCAGUCCUCGAUUGUGGAUCAUGACAUAGUGGACAGCCAACCUGAGAAAUCAAGCUUCCAAAGCGCAAUCGAGGAUGCUACCGUUACUGAGGGCAAUGCAGUUCGGAGUGUUGUGACCAUCAAAGGCAGCCAUAAAUUAUCGUCAGGUCCCGAACACGAGCCGUGGUUGCAAUUCACUCUUCGUUUCUAUUUGUACGCAGGUUCAGAAGCAAUCAGAGUCGUCCAUACGAUCAUCUACGACGGAGAGCAGGAGAAGGAUUUUAUCACAGGCAUUGGUAUCCGCUUUGAUGUUCCAUUAUCCGACGAGCUUUACAAUCGACACGUACGCCUAGCCGGUGUUGAUGGGGGGUUCCUCAAUGAAGCUGUACAGGGCCUGACUGGGCUCAGAAGAGACCCUGGGCAGGCUGUCCGCGCUGCACAGUUCCGAGGCGAGAAGACUCCCGACACCUCUACCUGGGAUACUCGAGUUUCGUCAAGAAUGCAAUGGAUCCCUUCGUGGGGUGACUACAGCCUGUCACAACUAUCUGCAGAUGGUUUCACCAUCAAGAAGCGCACAAAAGCUGGGUAUACCUGGGUUAACAUCCCGGGCGGUAACCGCUCUGAAGGACUGGCAUAUCUCGGCGGGGCAACUGGGGGCGGUCUUGCUAUCGGUCUUCGAGACUUCUGGAAACGAUAUCCAACCGGGCUAGACAUUCGUAAUGCUGCUAGUGACAUCGGUCAGGUGACUCUGUGGCUCUACAGUCCGGCUGGUCCUGCUAUGGAUCUUCGUCCAUUUCAUGAUGGCCUAGGAGAAGAUACUUAUGCGAAGCAACUGGAUGCGUUAGAGAUCACAUACGAAGAUUGGGAGAGAGGUUACGAUACCCCUUACGGCGUUGCCAGAACUUCCGAAGUCUUUCUUUUUGGUUUCGACUCUACCCCGCCUACGGAGACUCUUGCAAACCUUGCCGCCUACGCAAAGGAGCCCCCUUUGCUUAUUGCUGAUCCUGCAUACAUCGAGGACACUCAGGCCAUUGGGACGUACUGGAGUGCCCCCGACAAUUCUACCGCAGCUUCGAGUGCCAUUGAAAAACACCUAGACUUUCUAGUACAGUACUACCAAGCUCAGGUAGAGCAACGCAGAUGGUAUGGGUUCUGGGACCAUGGAGACUUCAUGCAUACUUACGAUGUGGAUCGGCACACGUGGAGAUAUGAUAUCGGCGGCUACGCAUGGGAUAAUUCUGAGUUAUCUCCCGACUUGUUCUUCUGGAACUAUUUCUUGAGAACUGGCCGGUCAGACGUCUUCCGCUUCGCCGAGGCCCAGGUUAGACACUCAUCCGAAGUGGACAUGUACCACAUUGGCAAUUUCUCGGGUCUAGGAACUCGACAUGGUGUUCUUCAUUGGGGGGAUAGUGCCAAGCAAAUUCGAAUUUCUACAACGAUCUAUCGCAAGGUAUACUACUACAUUACUGGAGGAGACGAAAGAAUCGGGGAUGUUGUGCAUGGUGUUUUGGAUGCUGAGCAGGCCUUUUACCUGGUCGACGCCAGGAGGAAGGUACGCAGUCCAAACGUGACAUAUGUGCCUGAUCGUGAAGCCUUGUACAUCAAUAUUGGGCUUGAUUGGAUGGGUCUUGCGGGUGCUUGGCUUUUAGAAUGGGAACGACAUGGCCCUCGCUGGGAGGAAGCCAAAGCAAAGUUGUACGAAGGGAUGAAAGGAAUUGUUGCACUGAAGAAUGGAUUUGUCACCGGUGAAGCAUACUACAACUCUAGUGAUGGGUCGUUCUCGCCGCCGCCGACCGACCCCCACAAUAAUGGAGUAGUGGUAGUAUCCCAUCUCGAUGGCGUCUUUGGCUUGCAAGAGAUAAUCACUCAACUGUAUGAUCACACCGAUGGAGAUCUACCCGAAGGCUUCCUGGACGCGUACCUCGAGUAUUGUUACUACUAUGGAGCUUCCGGUGCUGAACAGACAGCACGAUACGGCAAAAGCUUUGGUAGCCUCAGCUUGUACCAAGGACACUCGCGACUCACAGCUUAUGCUGCUUACAAAACUCAGAAUGAGACCCUCGCCGCACGUGCCUGGAAAGAAUUCACGAAAGACGGGUUCUUGCCGACAUCACCCUGGGCCACAGUUCAUAUUGCCAACAGCUCUGUUUUGACUCCAAUCGAUGAAGCUAGCUGGAUCUCGACCAAUGAUGCUGCGCUCUAUGGCCUGGCUGCUAUUGAGAACUUGAACUAUAUCAGGGAUGCCCUAGAUAAAUCAUAG